AUCUAUAAAACUAGAAGUGUCAUAUUGAAAGGGAAUCAAAGAAGGAACUCAUACUAUGUAUGAGGGUCACAAUUUGGUUCCUUACAAUAACCUAACAUUUCAAGAAUUUUUUGAAAAUGAAUUCUUCUGUGUUUCGAACAUAUAUUUGACUUGCUGGUUUUCCAUACUUGAUAAACGUCAAGGAACUUGGUUGUUACUUUAUCUUAUAUCAAGUUCCUUACCAUAAGUUUGUGAAGUAUGAAAAGUCAGUGAUUUUGUCUAAUUUAUCUUCUUUCAAGCUAAAUAAUGAUAAGGAACACAAACCUAUUGGACCUCAUUCAAUUGGAUUUGUGUGAAUCCUUUUAAAGUUGGGAUUGAAAGAGAUAUGUCUUGGUUAUAUUUGAUAAAUGUUAUUCAAUCACUUACCUUAGAAUGUAACAAAGAUUAUAUUUUUGUUAUCUUUUCUAUGAGGGAUUAAGUGAUUAAGUAGUAAUCAAAUGUUAUAUUACAGGUCUAACCAUGGAACCAAGUUCCUUUGAAGUUUAAUGAUUUGUGCAGGAAUAAAGUGUUGAUUACAAGCUCUCAAUGUUGAAAUCACUACAAAGUUAUCAAUGCUACUUGUUGCAUCAUAUACAAGGAAAUGGUUAGACCUUGGAGAAACAAGACACCCUUCAUUUGAAAAGGGAAGUUUGAUAACAGAAGUAGUAAGGUGGUGUUCUUAUGGUGCACCUCCACGUGUGAAACAUGUACAUGUUACAACAAGGUAUUAAUGUGCAUUGAGUGACUAUAAAUUUUAUGAAUCUAACAUGUUUAUUCCCAGCAUGCAGGUUUAAGAGAAUUUAGUGUAGAACUCAUUAGUUCCUUUGAAACUAGUGGAAUUUCUACAUAAGUAUGUCACUCUAUAAAGCAGCAUCAAUCAGCUACAUUGUCAUGUAGUUCCUUAAGCUCCAACGUAUCAUAAAGUAUUGGUUCCUUAAAGGAACUUAGAGCAUAUCUUGACCAAGGAACACAUGAAGCCUUUGAAUAAGGUGUAAAGGAAUUAGCUAAGGUACGGAACCAUGAACUUAUUCAGGAACACCAAAAAUCAUUUGAUAAGUGUUUAUGAAUAUAUAUGAGCAUAGAUCCUACAUCAAGGAACUUAGUCAGAUCAGGUUCGUAUUUUUAUAGCUAGAUAAUGAGUUGAUUGCAUAUCAUUUAUUUUGAUGCGUGCUUACAGGGGAAUCAAGUUGUUUUUAAUAGAUGUCUAAUAUGAAUUUCCUAAAUAUUCUAAUUAAGGAUGUCUAUGAGGAACAACCUUUAGGAUUUGAAAAUCCUAAAUCUUUUUUCCAUAUUUAUGAACCUAACAAAGCUCCUUAAGUGUUGAAGCAGGAUCAUAUUCAAUGGCAUAGGAGAUUAUUCAAGUUCCCUUUUUGAAGCUAAUCUGAAAGUUAAUUGUUUUAUUUUUAAGAGGAACUUAUUAAUUUAUUAGUUGUACAUACUUAUAUUGUUUCAGCAAGGGCUUUCUAACCUUGUAAAAUCAUGAUGGAGAACUCAAUUUCUCUUUGGAUCUGCAUCCAGAGAAAGGCAUGGUGGUCUAAUCGACAAAAAUACGACAAGGAACUUCCAAAGAAAGAUGGCCAGCGACAUCAAAGUCACUUAAUGAGUUUCAAGUCAAAAGUGAUUGUUUGCAUCAGAUGUGAGUGCAUCAAGAAGAUAGAACUAAUCCUUAAGGAACUCGUAACUUAGCCAUCAAAUUUCAGUCCAUCUUAAAUUGAUUUUGGAACAUGAUGAAACAUAACUUGAGGUAUGCCCUUUAAUACUCACAAUAUUGCAUAGUUGAUGUUUAAGGUGAAUGUAUUCAUUAAGGAACUUGCAAUAUGUUGUUUGAAUAUGAGGAAUAUUCUUAUUAUUCUUUUACCUAAUUAGAAAAUUAUGGACUGUUUCAAGGAAUAAGAACAUGUCUACGUCAGUGCUGAGGUCCAAACUUUUUAAUUAAUCAAGUGAAUUAAUCAUUGAGAUACGCAUAUCUUUUCGUAUAAUUUCAUACUCCAUUAUUAUUCAAAUUAUAUUUGCUUCAAAAAAAAUGGGUUUUAUAUAUGAAAUAUAUCCUUAACCACCUUUUCCAAGCAACAAAAUAAAAAAAUUUCAAGGAAAAAUGUCAAAGAUUAACGAAACCAAUGAAUGUUUGCACAUAGCAAUGUAUCCUUGGUUUGCUUUUGGACAUCUUACAUAUUUUCUUCACUUAGCUAACAAAUUUGCACAAAGAGGUCACAAAAUCUCAUUUUUUCUUCCUACCAAAACCCAACCUAAACUUUCCAUCCAUAACCAUCAUCCCAAUCUCAUUACCUUUAUACCUAUUAAUGUCCCACAUGUUGACGGGUUACCUUUUGGGGCCGAGACAACCAAUGAUGUGUCUUCUUCGUCCUAUCCACUCAUUAUGGACGCCAUGAACUUGACUCGGCCUGAUAUUGAUUCAAAACUUGGUCUUUUAAAGCCGGACUUCAUCUUUUUUGACUUUACUGAGUGGUUACCAGAUAUGGCUCGGAAGCACUCUGUAAAGUCUGUAUAUUAUUCAACUAUGUACGCGGUUAGUUUUGCUUAUCUUAGCCCAAUGGCUCGUAAAUUACCACCUAAGUACUGCUUCAAGGAGGCUGAUUUGGUCGAACCACCACCAGGUUUUCCAUGCUCGGCUAUAACAUUAAGACCCCGUGAGGCCCGUGAGUUGGCAUAUAUAUGUUCAAUUGAAUUUGGAGGGGUUCCCUUGUUACAAAAAAAUGCAACAAGUUUUAGAGAAUGUGAUGUUGUUGGUUCCAAGACUAGUUGGGAGAUGGAAGGACCUUAUUGUGAUUUCAUUAAGAAACAAAUUAAUAAACCAGUACUUCUAACGGGACCUAUGGUGCCUGAACCGCCGUCGUCUAAGCUUGAUGAUUCCUUGGAUUGUUGGUUAAAGGGUUUUGGUCAUGGUAGAGUCUUGUAUUGUGCACUUGGAAGUGAAUGUGUUCUUAAGAUGGAUCAAUUUCAAGAGCUUGUUUUGGGGCUUGAACUCACUGGUAGGCCAUUUUUAGCAGCAUUACGACCACCUAGCGGAUGCGAAACAAUUGAGCAAGCCUUGCCGGAAGGAUACAUGGAAAAAGUCAAAGGUCGAGGAAUAAUUCAUAGUGGUUGGGUGCAACAACAACUGAUCUUGCACCAUCCUUCCGUAGGGUGUUUCGUGACACAUUGUGGGGCGGGAUCAUUAUCCGAAGCCAUUUUAAGUGAGUGUCAAUUAGUGUUGAUACCUCAAGCAGUAGAUCAAUUUGUGAAUGCAAGAAUGAUGAGCCUCGACUUGAAAGUAGGGGUUGAAGUAGAUAAGGGAGAAGAUGAUGGAUUUUUCACCAAACAAACCGUUUUCGAAGCAAUUGAGAUGGUAAUGAAGCCAGAAAGUGUAGUAGGGAAAGAGGUGAGGGACAAUCAUACUAAAUUGAGAAAUCUGUUAUCAAAGGAAGGGCUUGAGGACUCCUAUAUCGAUAAGUUUGUUCAAAGUCUACAAGAUUUGGUUUGAGUUCGGCUUUGUAAUGUAUCAUAAUAAAGUCUCGUGUUUUCAAA